AAACGGUUUUAUUUGUUCGUUGUUUAUACGCGUAAUUCUAAUUCGUAUUAUCGUAGCAUACGCGUACGUCGAUACGAUAUGCACUUCAUUUGCGAACCGAUUCGCAAUUCGAGCUGUUGAAUUAUCAACGUUUCAUUGUUUUCUCGUUAUAUUCGGUCAUCAUCUCCUCGCGGUGUAUUUACGUUAUAUGUACAUAAAAGCCACGACCCAGAGCUGUUCGGUGUUUGUGUUUUGCUGUCUGUGUACUUGCUGCGAUCGUCGUCGUCGAACCAGUUGCAGAUAUAUUUAUUCCAUAGGUAAUGCGUUAAAAAUUGGUGUACUCGAUGUUCAAUAUGUCAGUGAAACAAGUACCUUUGACGUGCGGCGGACAUACCAGACCUGUUGUGAAUUUGGCUUUCAGCGGAAUCUCCGAGCACGGAUAUUUUCUAAUAUCUGCCUGCAAAGAUGGUAAACCGAUGCUACGUCAGGGUGAAACAGGCGAUUGGAUUGGUACGUUCGAGGGCCACAAAGGUGCCGUUUGGGGUGUCGCUUUGAACCACGAUGGUACCAAAGCGGCCACCGGAGCUGCAGAUUUCAGUGCCAAGAUCUGGAACGCUGUUACUGGCGAAGAGAUUCUAUCGUUGCAACAUAAUCAUAUCGUCAAAAGCGUCGACUUUUCAUCCGAUGGCAACUAUUUUGUAACUGGUUCGAAUGAAAAAAUAAUACGCGUCUUCGAUCUCAACAAAUUAGACGAAGCUCCGGCUACCUUUGUCGGCCAUACCAAUAAUUUAAAACACGUCACGUUCUUCAAUAAUGAUAAAAUGCUGGUAUCUUGUUCCGAAGAUCAAACGCUCAGAAUAUGGGAUAGAAUAUCGGGUCAAGAAGUGCAAAAAAUCAAUUUUAGUUCGUGUCCGAAUAGUUUAGAAGUAUCUCAAGAUGAAACCACCUUCACCGUCGCUCAUGGAAAUUCGGUCUCAUUCCUUACUUGUGAUGGAUUAUCGUGCCUUCAAGAAAUGAAAAUCCCAACCAAAGUUUAUUCGGCUUCGUUACAUCCGAAUAAAUCAGUAUUCGUGUGCGGUGGCGAAGAUUUAAUCAUGUAUAAAUACGAUUAUAUUUCCGGAAUCGAAUUAGAAGCAUACAAAGGACAUUUCGGACCACUUCAUUGCGUUAGAUUCUCACCUGAUGGAGAACUCUACGCUUCUGGUUCAGAAGAUGGUACUGUGAGACUUUGGCAAACUAACGUUGGCAAAUCAUAUGGCCUGUGGAAAUGCGCUGAUGAACCUAAUGUGAUCUUUGAUGAAAAUCAAUCCGUGCCAGUUAGCGUUUAGAUUUACUCCCCCAAACCGUCACCUUCAAUGAUGAUCUUUCAUAUGUAAAUCUAAAACGAAUUACCAGUUACGGAAGGUCUUCUUUUUUUGUAAAUUUAUACUACCCGCGUAAUUUAUUUUCCAUUUUUGUAAUAUUUAUCACGUCGUUGUAUUUUCUAGCCGAUUGAUUUUUGGUAAUUUUAUAAUUGUAAUUAGCGUUCUUCGAUAAUGAUUUACCGAGUAGUGGAGAGAGUUGAACAUUGAACCUGUGAAUGUAUUUUAAGCUCUACCUUGGUAAUUUCAAAUUACCUUCUUCCACCUUAUUAUCAAAAUGUUGAAAAACAAUUUGUUACAUGUUCCUUUCCUUUUUUUUUUUAAAAAAAAUUGCUUCUUAUGAAAGACAAAUUCGAUGUGACAUGUGUCACCAUGUCUAGUCUCUCUGAAGUCAUUGAUAUUUUGGUAAGUUAUGCUGUUGCGAUGGAUGUAUUGUACAAUUGAGUACAUCAUGCAUAUAAGCAUAGCUCUAUACCAGUGUUAUGUGGAGGAGGGGUAAUAUAAAUACAUAUUUAUUAUUAGUAUCAUGUCAUUUCCCCUCCUUCAAUGUGAUGUUGUUUUUUAAAAAUAAUUUCUUCCAUUGUCGAUUUUGAUAAUCUUAUUUGGCCUCGGAUAGAGGUUGUAUUGUUUUUAUAGCAUAUACCUAGACCGACUUAUCUGUGUUAAGGAAGAGGGAAAGUAUGGCGAGAUUUUAAAGAAUGUGAUUUAGAACUAACCGAAUCGAUAAUAAAUGAUUUUUUUACAAA